GGGGAGCAGGUGGAAGGAGGCGGCUCCAGAGGGCGGAACGUGUGAAUGUGAAAGUGAAAACAAGCGGGGGCUUUGCUCGCUUCCCAUCGAGCUUUCGCUGUCGUUGCAUUCCGGGAAAGGGCGACCAUCGAAGCGGCUUUGACGUCCCCUGGACCCCCCCCCCCCCACAAGCCAAGCCAUGGCCAAGACCUUCACCAUCCAAGUCAGCAACGAGACGCGUAAAAAGAUAAUCGAUUUCAGGGACUCCCUUUCUAAAGAGGCAGAAGAAUUUCUCUCAACGUUUUUACCUGCAAAAAUAUUUCAACUGGAUCAGUUUUUGAAGGAAGAUCAAUUGAACCUUCAAGAUCUGUCGGUUCUUCGAGCCCCACUGGAUAUCCCUAUUCCAGACCCUCCUCCCAAAGACGACGAGAUGGAGACGGAGAAGGAGGACAAGGAAGCCCCCAAAUGCGGCUAUCUUAAGGGUAAUGAAUCCAUUGUGUCCCUUUUGGACCGGGUCAAACCCGAAGUUCGGGAGUUCCGAGAGAAAUGCGUUUUGGUUGCUACCUGGAUUCAGUACAUGAUCCCCAAAAUAGAAGACGGUAAUGAUUUUGGGGUGGCUGUUCAGGAGAAAGUCCUGGAGCGUAUCGUGGCCCUAAAAACCAAGGCAGAAGGCUUCCAGACCACCAUCGCCAAAUAUUUCUCAGAGCGUGGUGAUGCCGUGGCUAAGGCCUCCAAAGACACUCACGUGAUGGAUUAUCGGUGUCUCGUUCACGAACGAGAUGAGGCUAUAUACAGGGAAGUCCAAAUGAUGGCGCUUGAUAUCCGUGGGUUUUAUGCUGAACUGUACCACAUCGUGAGCAAAAACCUGGAGAAACUGACCAACCCCAAGGGGGAGGAGAAGCCAUCGAUGUACUAGGAGAUCCUCUUCAGUGGAGUCCCUGGCCACUGACUCUGCUCUCUUCUCCAGGGUGACACAUAACCAGAGAAGGGUACAAAGAAAGAGGGCAGAGAAAUAUGAAAGUAGAUGCACAGCUAUAUGUUGCUGGUUCAGAAAAAAACCAAAGAAAUGCACUCUGCCUUCUUGUUACAAGGGGUCUGUGAAAGAGAGUGAAAUUAAAGCUGGACAAAAUACAUCUUAUUUUCCUGUGAUAAUUUUUUUUCCAUUGGCUACAUGUUCUCAGAUGUCUUGCUUUAAUUCAGGAGCCAUUGUAAACCUGGGCCCUCAACCUUUUUUUCUGUCUGUGAUCUGACCCACACAGCGUUCUGUGGCCUUUCUCUGUUCAGAGGAGCAGCGUGCACAACCAAGGAAUCCAGGGAUCAAGGUGUAAAACAAGAUUAUUUGUAUUUUGGGCUCUAAAUCCCUAUGCCUGUUGGAAGGCAUUGAGCUUGAAAGAUUUGUGAUGCUUUAAAGAGCUAGCUAAUUCAAUUAAAAAUAGACUCGUUUCA